GUUAUGGCAGAUGCUACUGAUUGGUCGGCCAGCCUCUGGUGUGACUUCAGGUCAUUUCCCCAUACACCUGCAGUUUCCAUUUCAACCAGAACAAGCCUACAUAUUUUUACAGUGCACUGUACAAGUUCUCACGAGUUACUGGAUGGGAAACAUGUGACAGCCUGGCUGGUGAACUGGUGAGUGUGGGGUCAGGACCCGGCCAAUUUAUUUAGUGUUGGUAAAUAUUGGACAAAGCUUGAUAAGGAGAUUCUGACAUAGUGACACAGGGUGGCGCACUCUUGUAUAUGGUCAGAUUGUCAAGUGUUCUGGGGCUAUUUUCACAACAAAGGCUUACCCUGGGAGCUUUAAGUGGAAUGGAGCAAGAUGAUUGGUUGAUUGUGUGGGCUUGCCUGAUCUCCUGAUACUCUGUCGUGGGCAGCAUAGCGCACAUUUGGGAUUGAGGAUAUAAACACAAAUACACAGGUUGGUGACAUGAGAGAAGGGAACGAGGAUGGGGAAGCCCAUGCCACGCGUACUGGUUCUCCUGUUUCUGUUGUCUGUGUUAACUAUGGUCGUCAUCACUAGAUGGGGUCUCGUUAUGGACAACAUCUCAACAACUGUCCCCCAGCAAACCCGGCACACCAGAGAAUUAUUCCAGGCCGCCAUUGAGGAAUCGGAAAAGAGACACCAGACCAGGAUUGAGGAACUUCAAAGCAGAAUCAAGGACCUGGAGGGGAUUCUUAAUUCCCAGAGGCUACAGCGUGAAAAUGUCACUGCCAGCAUGAACGAGUCAGAGAGUAAAAGUAGCAUAGUACAUAAGUACCUCAGUGAUAAACUUCAGGCAGCUGAAAUUCUUCAUGGAGUGGAACUGAAAAAUGAAUUUGAGAUGACAGCCUUCAACAGAUUUACACUUCACAGGAUUUAUCUGGUGGAUCCAGGACUGGGAAAGCGAGUGGUGGAGAAACCUAUAGGUUCAAAGAGGAGGGACUUAUAUGAAGUCAUCUCCUACAGCGUCGGUACACUUAAUGAACAACGAAAAAAUAUGUCCAAAAUUUUCACCAUCAGUGAUUUUAUAGAGGGAAUAUAUAGGACAGACCCUGCUUCUGGGACUCACUAUGAACUUUAUUUCAGAAAUAUCAAUUCCAAAGAAUCAGGGAGAUACUCAAAAGUUGCCAUUCUUAAACCAUUUGGUCCAUUAAUGACUGCCAUCAAUACAACAGUUAGAACUAGAGAAACUUGGAUAAAUAUCAUACUUCCUUUAAAGGGAAGGUUGGAUUCUUUUGAAAUAUUUAUGAAAAACUUUGUAGAUGUUUGCAUUGCAAUUGACAAGCAUAUUUACUUAACCAUUGUUUACUUUGGUAAGGAGGGGUUGGACACUGUGAAAAAUAUAACAAAAAAUGUCAGUCAUACCUAUGGAUAUAAAUUCAUGAGGGUCAUCAACGUGAAUGAAGAAUUUUCAAGGGGAAGAGGACUUCAGAUUGGAAUGGAAACCUGGAGGAGUAAGGAUGUAGUUAUAUUUAUGUGUGAUGUGGAUAUUAUAUUUAAUGCUGAAUUCUUAGAGAGGUGUCGACUUAACACUGAAAAACAGAAGAAGGUUUACUAUCCUAUUGUUUUUAGCUUAUUUAACCCAAAACUGGUGUAUUCUCUAGAAAACAGGACGAUUCCAUCUAUCAAACGACAGUUAGUGAUCUCCAAGACCACAGGGUUUUGGAGGGACUUUGGUUAUGGAAUGACGUGCCAGUACCUCUCGGAUUUCAGGGCAGUGAAGGGAUUCAGUGAAGGGAUAAUAGGCUGGGGCGGAGAGGAUGUGUUUUUGUAUAAAAAGUAUGUCCGCAGUAAUAUGAUUGUGGUCAGAGCUACAGAUCCAGGCAUAUUUCACCUGUGGCAUGACAAGGUGUGUCCAGUCACUUUGUCAGCUGACCAGUAUAGGGGCUGUAUCCGGUCCAAGUCUUUUAGCGAGGCCUCGCAUGCACAGCUUGGUAUUCUGGCCUUCAAGGACCAGAUAGACAUUCAGAAACUCCAUAGGAAAAAGUAGUCUUUCUUCCAUUGUGUUUUUUCUAAUCUUUUACUUUAUUAUUAUAUUGGGGUAAAAUUUGAGAGAUUCUUUACAACAAUGCCACAUGGUAGAUGAUUAAAUUCCCAUAUUUAGGACAUUUUAUGAAUUGUCAAGGAGCUUAAGAUUGAACACCUGGUAGGGUGAUAUUCCAGCUAGGGCAGCUACUUUUGAGAAGUUAUAAUUGUCAUUGCUAUACUUACUAAGUGCAUUGAAUAGAGAAGUCUAGGAAUUAUCAACCAUAUAUCCCUCUGUAAAUUACUGCUCAGACAAUCACUCAAUCAGGGAGAAACAUACACUUCAUCUUACAGAAUUUUAAGUCUUUUUGUUUAGAAUUUAACAUUUUGUCAUUUUGGUCUAAAAUAGUCUUAUAAUUAUAACACUAACACUUCAAUCUUUAAAUGUUCACUAAAAAUUAUCAGUAGCCAAAUCUAUCAACAGAAGACAUUGCACAAUUUAGGUUCUUUGAAAGGGGGGGGGGGGUUCUUUGUUUUUAUUUGGUGCUAUUCUAUUUCAAUAUAAUGCAUUUUCAUACAUAUCCCUCUAGACUACAUUUAGGAAUUGACGUGAUUUCACUUUGCUCUAUUUUUAGUCAUUUCUCUGUAUGAUAUGAUUGUGUUCACAUAGAGAAAUUCUAGUCUUAUUAAAUCAGCAUUAUAACUUUUAUACAUUCUGUGGUUGUAUUGCCUGGCAGCACUUGUUUUCUUUAUG